AAAAUGAAGUUUUCUCACUCACUGCAGUUCAAUGCAGUUCCUGACUGGAUUGAUUCCUAUGUUGCAUACGAUCAACUAAAAAAGAUCAUUUUUCAAAUUGAAAAGGAAAAAGUCGAUAACUUGAAUCAGUCGGUUACUGAUCAAGAAAAAGCAAGUUCUAUCAUCACUCAUGGAGAAGACAAGUUCAUGUCCCAAUUAGAUUUACAGCUUGAAAAAGUGUUCACCUUUUACUCUGAAAAGGAAUCGGAAUUAUACAAUCAGUUGGAUGAACUCGCUCGAGCUCUGACUGAAGCAUUGCCUACUCAAAACUUCCAUGAUGUCCCAUACAAUUCUCCGUUGACUGAGCUAGAUUCCACUCAUAACUUGGCUGUCAAAGAAGUAGUAUCUGAUAAAGAACUCCGCCGUAAAAUGUCUGUCGAAUCUCGCUUCAGUACUGAAAGUCAUCAUGAUCGAUAUGUUGAGCAGCUAGUUGAUCUUCGUACCCAACUGAUAUCUCUCUACGUUUCCUUGUCUGAGCUUGAUUCUUAUGUGGAACUCAAUCGUAUGGCCUUUGACAAGAUUUUGAAGAAACAUGACAAAGUUCUCGACGGAAACUUAAGAAGUCAGUAUUUGAAGAAAAUGGUGCUUGAUUCUAGACCUUUCAUGCCUCAAACCACUCAGGUUCUUCGUUCUCAAAUCGAGCGUGUUGAACGUCUUUAUGCCGAUGCUUUCUGUAAUGGCCAAGUUGCUAUCGCUGUCCGUCAGAUGAAGACCCACUUGAGAGAUCAGAUUGCCUAUGACCGUAACACUGUCUGGAAGGAUAUGGUCAGUCAAGAACGUAAAGUACUGGAUGCUCAUGUCAAGCCAAGCAAGCCAUCCAAGAGCUAUCCUAUUCCUUUCACACAGCAUCGAGUUCCUGCUGAGCUGGCCCAUAGCAUCAUGUUCUUCUUACUGUCUGUUGUCCUGUUUGCCAUCUUUCUCAACGUUAACAUCUUUAAUGAUACUCAAGAAAACUACUGCUUUGCUCUACUCAUCUUUGCUGCCGUCAUGUGGGCUACUGAAGCCAUUCCUCUCUACGCUACUUCUCUGUUAAUCCCUUUCUUAAUUGUCUUGCUAGGCAUUAUGUGCAAUGCAGACGGAACACCAAUGACGGCAAAGGCUGCAUCCAAAUCCGUCUUUUCGUCCAUGUUUAGCGGAACAAUUAUGAUGCUCCUUGGUGGAUUUGCACUUGCUGCUGCAUUAUCUAAAUAUGGUAUUGCCAAAGCCUUUGCUACUCAUGUCCUCUCUCGUGCUGGUACACGUCCUCGCUGGGUCUUGCUUUCCAUCAUGGUCGUAGCUGCUUUUCUAUGUAUGUGGAUCUCCAAUGUGGCCACUCCCGUCCUUUGUUUCUCCCUGAUCGAUCCUAUCUUGCGUACACUUCCUAAUGGCUCAACUGUUGCGCCUUGUUUGUUGCUUGGUAUUGCCUUGGCUAGUUGUAUUGGCGGCAUGACAUCACCCAUCUCUUCUCCUCAAAACAUUGUUACCUUGCAAUACAUGAACCCCAACCCAGGCUGGGGUAUCUGGUUUGGCGUGGCUCUUCCCAUCUCCAUCAUCAGUAUCUUCAUCUGCUGGGGCUUGUUAUUGCUCAUCUACAGGCCUGACCGAACUGUGCCCCACUUGAACAAGAUCAAAGCAACUCGCAGCAAGUUCACCUGGACUCAAGCCUUUAUUAUGCUCAUUACCAUCCUUACCAUCGCUCUCUGGUGUGCCGAAAGUGCACUCGAGUCUCAUAUUGGUGACACAGGCAUCAUCGCCACCAUCCCACUGUUUGUCUUUUUUGGUACUGGUAUCUUAAAUAAGAAUGACCUGAACGCCUUCCUCUGGUCUGUCGUCGUGCUCGCUCAAGGUGGUAUGGCUCUUGGUAAUGCCGUCACUUCCUCAGGUCUGCUUCAAGAUAUCGCUCUCCGUAUCAAGGACGGUGUUCAAAACUUGCAACCGAUCGCGAUCCUUGCCAUCUUUGCUUUCCUCUUGCUCGUCUUUUCUACUUUUGUCUCUCAUACAGUUGCUGCUCUCAUCAUCGUGCCUAUUGUCCAACAGGUUGGUAAGAACUUACCUGUGCCCCAUCCCAAUUUGCUCGUCAUGGGUGCAGGCCUUGCUUGCUCUGCCGGUAUGGGUCUUCCCGUGUCAGGUUAUCCAAACAUGUCUGCCAUCAUGAUGGAAGAUCAGACGGGCAAACCUUAUCUUAGGGCCAAGGAUUUCCUUAUCGUCGGUAUCCCUGUCAGUGUGGCUGUAACAAUCUUGAUCUUCACUCUCGGAUAUGGUAUCAUGUCUGCUGUUGGCUAUUAAUGCUUCUCUUUGUGUAAUCAUUCUUGUAACAUACCAACUCUUUCAUUUA